AUGUUCGCAUUGCCAUUCCUUUUUGUCGCGGCUGCGGCCGCUAUCCAUGAUAAACCUCUGGCCACUGUCCCAGGACAACAGGAUGCAAUCCCCAAUUGGGACUUUCAACAAUUGCACAAAACCUCCAGGAACACUGCAGCCCUUUCCCAGCCAGGCGUCGACACUUCAUCCUGGCAUCAUGCGCCUGUAUCCAGAUGCACUUUGAUGGCUUGCCUCUUGGUCGAAGGCACCUAUGCCACAGAUGGUCCUGAUGGGCUCUGGUACUCUGAUAACCUUGACCGUUUUGACCAGAGCCCAUUCUCUGCUCCUUGGGUGUAUAGGAACCAAUUUAGCUUGUCAACUGGGCACAUGUCAUCAAAGCGCCAUUAUUUUCUUCAAACCAACGGCAUCACCCCCGCUGCAGACUUGUUCCUCAAUGGCAAGCAAAUCGCUAACAACAUCACCCAGUCAGGUUCCUAUGGCGGUCAUACGUAUGACAUCACGCCUCUUGCACGAAAGGAAAAUGCACUUGUAGUCAAGGUCUAUCCUACAAACUAUCAAGACCACCUGGCCGUCGGAUUUGUCGAUUGGAACCCUUACCCGCCUGAUAAUGGCACUGGAGUGUGGAGGGAAAUCACAGUCAAACAGACCGGCGACGUCUUUAUGGGUCCAGUAAGCGUGCUUGUUGACAUGGAUACACCCAUGGAGCAGAACAAAGACCGCCACGCGGACGUCACCAUCAGGGCCCAUGCACGAAACCUGAGCAAAAAGCCAAUAACGUUUAUCGCCAGAGCCGAGAUCAAAACUCCAGACGGCAAACACCUUAAGGUGCUUACCAAAACUAUUCGCCUCGGGGCCAAGGACUCAACAAUGGUUGAGCUUCCGGCAAAGAUCCAAGGUCCACAAGUUUGGUGGCCAUCAGCUUGGGGGCAACAACCAUUGUACUCGGUCCAGCUGACCUACUCUAUCGGGUAUGUUACUUCAGACAUCAGUCCUCGUACCAGCUUUGGCAUUCGAACUGUCUCUUCUGAGCUGAAUGCGCACAAUGACACUUUGUUCAAGGUGAAUGGUCACCCAAUCCAGAUCAGAGGCGGCGGCUAUACAUCCGACAUGUUUCUACGGUGGGACUCCCAACGUUUUGAGCAUAUAGCGCGCUAUGUCCUGGAUAUGGGUAUGAAUGCUAUCCGCCUCGAAGGCAAGAUGGAGCAUCCAGAACUCUACGAUAUUGCUGACAGACUCGGUAUCAUGAUUAUGGCCGGCUGGGAGUGUUGUGAUCGGUGGGAGGCUUGGCCCUACAACGACGAUUUUUCUCAGGACCCUCCCCAACAUUGGUCCGAGGUUGAUUACGAGACCGCCAACGCUUCCAUAAGGCACGAGGCAGCCAUGAUGCAAACCCACCCAAGUAUAAUCGCCUUCUUAGUUGGAAGCGACUUUUGGCCUGAUGACCGGGCCACGGCGAUAUACCUUGAUGGCUUACAUGACGCUGGAUGGCAAGUCCCCAUCAUCUCCUCGGCUGCGAAGCGUGGUUAUCCAAAGGCCAUUGGCCCCUCCGGAAUGAAGAUGGAAGGGCCCUAUGAUUGGGUCCCGCCCGUCUAUUGGUUUGACAGUGAACCAACAGACAACAGGUCUGGAUCCUCUUUUGGAUUCGGAAGCGAGCUAGGCGCUGGCGUGGGAACACCUACCAAAGGAAGUCUCACCAGAUUUCUGACAGACAAAGACAUGGAGGACUUGUGGAAGAAGCCAAACAAGGGCCUCUAUCACAUGUCACAGAAUACCUCACAGUUCUAUGAUCGGUCCAUUUACAACAAGGCGCUGUUUGCUCGGUACGGCAAGCCUACAUCUCUAGACGACUACUUGAUGAAGGCACAGAUGAUGGACUAUGAAGCAACACGUUCUGAGUUCGAGGGAUGGGCAAGCCAAUGGAGCGCUUCGCGUCCGGCCACUGGUCUGAUCUACUGGAUGCUCAAUAACGCCUGGCCUAGCCUCCAUUGGAACCAAUUUGAUUACUAUCUCCACCCUGCUGGAUCGUAUUUUGGCACCAAGAUCGCCAAUCGAGUUGAACAUGUAGCCUUCGAUUACUUCAAGAGCUUUAUCUGGAUCAUCAAUCAGUCCCUUGCGCAAUCCGGUCCGCGCUCAGUUCAUGUCGACUUGGUGGAUUUGCAGGGGAACCAUAUCUCUCAUCAGAAGCUUCACUUCACCACAGAGCCCAACAAGUCUCAAAUGGUUGGUGACAUAAGCAGCUCCAUCAAAAAGAUUACAGAUGUCGGCGUGCUUCGCCUGCUUCUGGUUGAAAACGAUAGUGAGAAGGUACUCAGCCGCAAUGCCUACUGGCUAUCCAAGGAGAAGGAUAUAGUUGACUGGACCACCACGUCGUGGUAUUCUGUCGACGUUAAGCAGUCCGCCAACUUCACUGCACUGAACACGAUGGAAAAAGCGACCAUCACAGCGUCGACCUCCAAGAACAAGACUUCUGGGGGUUGGAGGCUCCGAGUUGAGAAUAGCGCUACAGUCCCCGCUGUGUUCAUCCAGCUCAACCUGGUAGAUAAGCGCGGCAACGAUGUGACUCCGUUGACCUGGUCGGACAACUAUUUCACUCUACUUCCGCGUGAGUCAAUUGAAGUUGAAGUCACCGACUGGUCGGGCAAAGGUGCUAUGGUACAAGUCUUUGGCAAGAAUGUGAAAAAGUCUCGGAUUAAACUGGGCUGA